GGGAGAGAGGGAGAGAGGGAGGGAGAGAGGCCGCACACACACAACACGCACCCAUGGCCGAGGAGCCCCGUCCCACCGCGGCGCAACCGGCCGACGAGCCGCUCUUCAAGGAGGUGAAGUUCUUCGUGGUGGGAGACAUCGAUCCUCGGGUGAUUCAGCUCCUGAAGACUGGGAAGGCAAAAGAGGUUUCGUACAAUGCAUUGGCAACACACAUCAUUGCGGAGGAUGGUGACAACCCUGAAGUUGGCGAAGCGCGGGAAGUGUUUGAUCUGCCAGUAGUUAAGCCUUCCUGGGUAUUUUUGUCAGUUCGAUGUGGCCAACUCCUUCCAGUAACUGGCUUCUCACCAGAGGGAGGACAAAUAUUCUCAGGAAUUACAGCUUGUCUUUCACGGGUAUCUGCAGAAGAUCGCAACACGUUAUGGGCCUUGAUUACUUACCACGGAGGAGACUGCCAGCUCAAACUCAACAAGGCUUGCACCCAUUUAAUCGUAUCAGAACCUCAGGGGGAAAAAUAUAAUUCCGCUUUGGAGCUGAGCAGCAUCAAAAUUGUAACGCCAGACUGGGUGGAGGACUGUGUUGCUGCAAAAUCUCAAAAGGAUGAGUCCACGUAUCACCCACGGCUUAUUGUUCAAGAAGAAGAGGAGGAGGAGGAGGAUGAGGAAGAGGAGGUGGAAGAGCAAGCUAGAGAUGAGGCUGAGCUGGAGGACAGUGCAGAUGACAAAUGCUCAGCCAAGAGCAGUCCAAUGUCAUCGGGGCGGGGCUCACCAUUGAGCAUGUCGGGCUUCUCGCCGAAGAGGGGCAGCAAACCCGGGAAAACAACGGGUGAAAUUAUGUUUGAUGACUCCUCGGACUCUUCCCCUGAGAAGCAGGAGAGGAAUUUGAACUGGACACCAGCUGAGAUCCCGCCCUCUGCUGCUGCCAAACGCCGACUUGUUCAUGGGAAGGACUCUGCUCUGAUCAACCUGUGUGCCAAUGUUCCACCGGUCCCCGGCACUGUCUCUGUCCCUGAGGCCAGAAACAGCUUGAUUAACCCUGGGCAAGGGCCACCGGGUCCUGAGAGGCCAGAAAUGGUUGCUGCCUGGAGUCCUGCAGUCAGGACACUGAGGAACAUUACUAACAAUGCUGAUAUUCAGCAGAUCUCCAGACCAUCAAACAUGGCACAAAUCUUGCAGUCUCUUUCAGCCCCAACCAAAAACCUGGAAGCACAGCAGCAGCAGCAGCAGCAGCAGCAACAGCAGAAACCCCACCCGCAGCUUCACCAGCAUCCGUUCCAGCAGCAGCAGCAGCAGCAGCAUACGUUCUCACAGCAGCAUCUGCAACACCAACUGCAGCAGCAACUGCAGCAGCAACAGAUUCAGCGAUUACAGCAGCAGCAGCAGCAGCAGCAGCAGCAGCAGCAGCAGCAUCUCCAGCAACAGCAUCAUCUUCAGCAACUGCAGCAACAGCAGCAGCAACAAUAUCAUCACCACCACCAGCAGCAGCAGCAGCAGCAACAACAACAGCGUCCCCUUCCACAGCAACAGCUGCAAAUCUUUGGACAUGACCCCAGUUUGGAAAUCCCAGAAGAGUCAUUUUUAAUGGGAUGUGUUUUUGCAAUUGCUGACUACCCUGAGCAGAUGUCCGAUAAACAGCUGCUGGCGACUUGGAAAAAGAUUAUCCAGGUACAUGGUGGGAUUGUGGAUCCCACUCUGACUAGUCGGUGCACUCACCUUUUGUGUGAAAGUCAAGUCAGCAAUAUGUAUGCCCAGGCCUUGAGAGAGGGAAAGCGAUGCGUCACUGCACACUGGCUGAACACAAUUUUGAAGAAGAAGAAAAUGGUUCCACCCCACAGGGGAUUACAUUUUCCUGUAGCUUUCCCACCAGGUGGAAAACCCUGCUCUCAACAUAUGAUAUCCGUCACAGGAUUUAUGCAUGACGAUCGGGAUGAUUUGAAGCUGAUGGGCUAUUUAGCAGGAGCCAAGUACACAGGCUACCUUUGCCGAAGCAAUACAGUCCUCAUCUGCAAAGAACCCUGCGGGCUGAAAUACGAGAAGGCGAAGGAGUGGAGAAUACCAUGCGUGAACGCACUGUGGCUUUGCGACAUUCUCCUUGGGAACUUUGACGCUUUGCGGCAGAUUCAGCAUAAUCGCUACACAGUGUUUGGACUGCAGGAUCCUCUUGCCCCCAAUCCCCAACUGGUUUCAAAUUUCUUAGCUGCUUGGCGGGUGCCUUUGAAGAUCUCACCAGAGCUUUUGAUGAGUGUACGAAUUCAGUCUAAACAGAAGCAUAACGAAUGUAACAUUCCACCUGUGAAAAGAGCAAGGAUUGAGGAUUUGCCACCCCCGUUGAAGAAACUCCCUCCAGAAUCCACCCCAGCUGUGCUAUUUACAGGAUUUGAACCUGCACAGGUUCAGCUGUACAUCAAGAAACUCUAUGUUCUUGGUGGUGAGAUUGCAGAAUCUGCCCAGAAAUGCACUCAUCUGGUUGCCAAUAAGGUGACUCGUACAGUCAAAUUCCUGACUGCCAUCUCUACUGUGAACCACAUAAUCACACCUGACUGGCUGGAGGAGAGUUUUAAAAGUCAGAAAUUCAUAGAUGAGCAGAACUUUGUAUUGAGAGAUGCAGAAGCAGAGGUCCUCUUCUGUUUUAGCUUAGAGGAGUCACUUAAAAGAGCACAGGGUGCCCCCUUGUUCAGGGGAAAGUAUUUCUACAUCACUCCUGGAAUUUGCCCCAGUCUUACAACAAUGAAAGCCAUCAUAGAGUGUGCAGGUGGGAAACUGUUAACCAAGCAACCUUCAUAUCGCAAGAUCAUGGAGCAUAAACAGAAUAAGAGCUUGUCUGAGAUAAUCUUGAUCUCAUGCGAAAACGAUCUUCACUUGUGUCGAGAAUAUUUUGUGCGAAGCCUAGAUGUUCACAAUGCAGAGUUCAUUUUGACGGGUGUCCUCACACAAACAUUGGACUACGAGUCAUAUAAAUUCACCUGAAGUAAUGGUACGUGUGAAACGCCACAUCAAACUACCAAUUUGGUGUUGAAAGGAACUACUGAGGAGUUGGGACGUAUGGUUGUCCUUUCCUGCAAACAGUGACACCGCUGUUCACCCUGGAAAGUCUUCAAUGGAAUCGACAGAUUCAGGCGGGACAGGAAUAAGAAAAUUGCAUCUUUGUACGAUGUGUUAUUUCAAGAACAUAUUUUGUUAUGUUGUAUUCACUGUGCUGGCUUGUUUUUCCCACUGUAGAUUAUUUUAGCCAGUUCAAAUAGCAAACAAUUAUUUUUAAUAAGCUGUUUUUAACUAUGAUACCGACUGUGGGAUGAGCCCGUUUAUGAAAAUGUAGCUCUAACUUGUUUAUUAUGAAGAUAUAUAAAAUGGGCUGUUGGGUAAUAAAUUAUGGAUGUUUUAAAAUUCUGGAUUUUAUGCAGAUUUUGUUGUUUUGUAUUUCUAACUUGUGAAAUUUAUUACACAAAAUUGAACGAGUUGAAUAAAAAUGGCUUUAAAAAUAA